AUGGGGAUUACAGUCAUGGAAGUGAUGGUGGUGGUGGAGGAGGACAUGGGGGAUAUGGUGGAUCCGGAGGAGGAGGAGGAGGGUGGACACGGUGGAGGAGGUGGAGGGCAUGGUGGUUCUGGAGGUGGAGGACAUGGGGGCUAUGGUGGAUCUGGAGGUGGAGGUGGACACGGUGGAGGAGGUGGAGGGCAUGGUGGUUCUGGAGGUGGAGGACAUGGGGGCUAUGGUGGAUCUGGAGGAGGAGGUGGAGGGCAUGGUGGUUCUGGCGGUGGAGGACAUGGAGGCUAUGGUGGACAUGGUGGAUCAGGAGGAGGAGGUGGACAUGGUGGAGGACAUGGAGGAGGGGGUGGAGGCGGAGGACAUGGAGGAGGGGGUGGAGGUGGAGGACAUGGAGGAGGUGGGCAUGGUGGUUCUGGUGGCGGAGGUUAUAGUGUUACUGAAGGAGGUGGUCAUGGGGGUGGCUCCGGAGGCGGAGGACACGGAGGUGGUGGUCAUGGGGGUGGCUCUGGAGGCGGUGGACACGGAGGUGGUGGUCAUGGAGGUGGUUCUGGAGGCGGAGGACACGGAGGUGGUGGUCAUGGCGGUGGUGGUCAUGGGGGUGGUGGUCAUGGGGGUGGUGGUCAUGGGGGUGGCUCUGGAGGCGGAGGACACGGAGGUAGUGGUCAUGGGAGUGGUUAUGGUGGCGGUGGUCAUGGGGGUGGCUCUGGAGGCGGAGGACACGGAGGUGGUGGUUACGGUAGCGGAUAUGGUGGACACGGUGGUCACGGUGGUUCUGGAGGUCAUGGCGACAGCAGCGGUUACACGGAUGGCCAUGGAGACGGUGGUUACGGCGGUUACGGUGGUGGUGGUUUUGGCUACGGUGGUUAUGGGCAUAGUUAUCACAAGUAA